AGGGCCGCAGCUGGAGACGCAGCCACGAGGGGGCCGAACAGGGAGCGGCGGCGGCGGGGCGCUCCGGGGAGGUGCGUACUGGACUUCUUUUCUCUCUCGGCCACCAAGGGUUCGCCUUGGGAGCCGGGCUCUGGAGGGACGGGAGUUGUCGCUGGCUGCGGACUCCUACCCAAGCUGGGGUCCCUGUGCCUACCCGAGCGAGACCCGGUCGGGUUUCCCUCGAGAACCCGCCCCUUUGCCGGGGCACGGUGGUCAGGUGGUUUGCCCGCACGCCAACGCCUCGCAGCCGCUUUCUCGGCCGGGCGAACCCUUCCAGGCUUUCCUUGGCAUGAUCCCCUUGAUUGUCCUAGCUCCAGCCUUCACCGAGCCGGUGUCCCUCAGGCCGGGGAGCGUGGCUCUCUUUCCAGAUGUUACAGCCCUGCCCGAGGGUCUCAGCGCGCCGGUGGCAUUUGAGUAGAUCGCGGAGGCCCCAGAUGGAUAGCCAGAGGGUGCCACGUUCCCGCCGGGGCUCAGCCCAAAAUCUGGACGCUCGAAAGCCCAGGGAGAGCUCUGAGCCAGGGCAGCUGAUGAUUGUGGCUGAAAUAUCUCAAGGUAGCUGGGCCUGCCCCCUCUUCCCCACCUACCUGUUGUCCUUACCCCCAAACCACCACCACCCUGGCUCCACUCCCUCAUGACCGCCUGGAUCCUCCUUCCUGUCAGCCUGUCAGCAUUCUCCAUCACGGGCAUAUGGACAGUGUAUGCCAUGGCCGUGAUGAACCGCCACGUGUGCCCAGUGGAAAACUGGUCCUACAACGAGUCCUGCUCUCCUGACCCCACUGAACAAGGGGGCCCUAAGACCUGCUGCACCCUUGACGACGUUCCUCUCAUCAGCAAGUCUGGAACAUAUCCCCCAGAGAGCUGCCUCUUCAGCCUCAUUGGCAACGUGGGUGCUUUUAUGGUGGCCCUGAUCUGCCUCCUUCGCUAUGGGCAGCUCCUGGAGCAGAACCGGCACUCCUGGAUUAACACCACAGCACUCAUCACAGGCUGCACCAAUGCUGCGGGCCUUGUGGUGGUCGGCAACUUUCAGGUGGACCAUGCCAAGUCUCUACACUACAUCGGAGCCGGUGUGGCCCUCCUUGCUGGGCUGCUCUUUGUGUGCCUGCAAUGUGUUCUCUUCUACCAUGGGGCCACCACCACCCUGGACCUGGCUAUGGCCCACUUGAGAAGUGUGCUAGCUGUCAUCGCCUUCGUCACCCUGGUCCUUAGUGGAGUCUUCUUCUUCCACGAGAGUUCUCAGCUGCAGCAUGGGGCUGCCCUGUGUGAAUGGGUGUUUGUCCUUGAUAUCCUCAUUUUCUACGGCACCUUUAGCUAUGAGUUUGGGACAGUCUCCUCAGGCACACUGGUGGCUGCCCUGCAGCCCGCCCCUGGCAGGGCCUGUAAGUCCUCUGGGAGCAGCAGCACCUCUACCCACCUCAACUGUGCUCCCGAGAGUAUUGCCAUGAUCUGAGUCUGGAGGGUGGCUGGCCCAACCUCCGCGGUACCCACACCCUCUACCUUCUUUGCAUUUCUUUUGUACCAAAAACAAUUUUUUGGAGUAUUGUUGGGAUCUAGGCUUCCUCACUCUUGGAGAAGUGGCCAUCCAACAUCCACCUGUGCCAUAGAGGAGCAUGGUCUCGCCAGCUGCUCUGCUCCAUGUCCUGUUAACCCAUACCAGAGUAGUAUUUUGAGUUAAAGGUCACCUGUCCUCACUUGCCCUGCCAGCCCUUCAGGUGCCUUCUACUCCCAGUGCCAGAGCCAGACCACUGGGGUUUCCUGUUGCAGGGAUUGGGGGCUGGGGCAGCAGGGGCCCAUAAGUCUGGAUGAUGGGAGGAGCAUGCCUUAGCCUAAGGGAAGGCCCACCCAGCUGCAUUUGGGUUCUUCACUCUGCCCCUCACUUCCUUUAGGGCAAAUAACACAGCAGAACCACAUGAGUAUUUUAGUACUUUUUUAUAUCUAUUAAAAGAAUUCUAAUUUGCA